AUGGACACCCAUGAUGUCUCGCAGGUAUCUGAAUACAUGCAAGCCCUGCAAAGACAAAAGCAGACUCUUCAGAAUGCCCAGUCUCGCAAGGGUCAGAAACCCAAGCCGACCAAGUCUCGCGACCAGAUCAUAAUGCAGUUCAUGUUUCGCCAAAUGAUGGGCAGGAACGGAACCGUGGACGGGCAUGCUCUUCGAUCCUCUUUUGUGCCCCCCGCCUACUAUCCCUCCGUUGCCCCUUUGAGUGAACUGAAGAAGGUCCUAAUCAAAGACCUCACCCUUGAGACACAUCACCGUGGUUCGUACAUUCUGGUGAGAGCAGUCACCUCGACGGAUAGAAUGACUGCGAUCAUGACCGUGGUGGAGGAUGAGAAAGGGAAUGUUCUCAUGUUGCAGCUGUACAACCAGGAAGAACAACUGGCUACUGACGGCCGGCUUGUUGAAAGAACCGUGAUGCUUAUAAAGGAGCCUUACUUGAAGAUAAUGGCUGAUGGAGAUUAUGGUCUGCGAGUGGAUCAUCUCUCCGACAUCAGGUUCAUCCCAGAUCAUGAUCCCUUGGUGCCGUCGGCGUGGAAAGGCCGGUCAAAAGGCCAUGCCUCUGCCGGUUUUUGGAAGAUAAAAGGAAAUGAUUUCUUUAAUCAGGCUGCGUAUUAUCUCGCUAUUGACUGGUACACUUACUCCGAGGCUCUUGAUUCCUCCCCAACUGUCGAGGAAGGCCUUACGAUCAGACUCAAUCGUGCUCUGGCUUGCCUCAAAACUCACCAAUUCGACGCGGCCCUUUGUGAUGUCGAGCUGACCUUGUCAAACAACGGCUCCUCCGAGAAAGCCUUAUUUCGUAAAUCUCAGGCCCUUUACUACCUCCAAAGAUUUCAGGAGUCAUGUGAAGUCCACAAAGUGCUCAGCAAUGCGUAUCCAAAUAAUACCGCCGCUAAAAGCGAGUUUGAGCGGGCCAUUGCACGACUCGCGGAGGAGCGGAGUGGCAAGUAUCCGUUCAGAGGGCUGCAGCGAGUGGCAACGAAACGUCGCCCUCCUCUACUUGAUCAUGCAACAUAUACUGGCCCUGUCUCGGUAAGAGCUACAGAGUUCCGCGGACGUGGCUUAUUUACGACCGAGGCAGUCCGGGCCGGUGAUCUCCUGUUUUGCGAAAAGGCCUUUGCGCAUGCCUUUCAUGACGACACUAGCGAAACGACUAAUCUUUCACUCUUGAUGAACACCGAAACACAGACUAUGACGAUGGGCACCCAAGCAGAACUGAUCAGCCUCAUUGCUCAAAAACUGUACAAGAACCCGUCCUUGAUGUCAACCUUCACUGAUCUGUACCACGGCUCAUAUACCCCGGUAGACAUCUCUGAAGUCGACGGUAUACCCGUCGUCGAUACGUUCCUGAUCGAGCGAACAAUGUCACUGAAUUGUUUCGGCUGCCCGGUUUCCUCGCGUGCUUCCCACAUAGCCACCAUAAAUGAAAACAAGGCGCAACUCGAAAAGAUCAAAAAGCAAUUUCAUUCCUGCGGCAUCUGGCCGCUGGCAUCUUACAUCAAUCAUUCCUGCUACUCCAACGCCCGUCGUUCCUUCAUCGGAGAUAUGAUGUUGGUUCGCGCCACACAGGAUCUCCCUCCAAAUGCGGAGCUCACGUUCUGGUAUCAAACACCUUUGAAGCAUGACACCCAGAUAAAACCCCUAAAACUGCAGCACUGGGGGUUCCAGUGCAGCUGCCUCAUCUGCCAGGAUCUUCACGAAACCGGGGGUGUUGAUCUGACGAAGCGAAGACGACUCUUUGCUGACUUGGUGAAGACCCACCAGUCCCUGCUUCGCACCCGGAAACAGAGUGCCGGAAUCGCUAAAAUGGAAGGUAUCCUUGCUACACUUGAAAAGACAUAUCGCCGGCCAUCUUCUGAAGUGCCUCGUCUCGAGAUCUGGGAGGCAUAUUUGUCCUUGGCAGCGGUGCACGCCACGAGCAGUCAGCCGGGGAAAGCGAUUGAAUUUGCGUUCAAAACGCUGAAGUCGCUCGGCUACGUGAUUGAGGGCGGGCAAAUUCCGCAUACACCUGGCAGAAAGUUACUUGUUAGGGAAUGGGGCUUGAUGAUGGAUGGUCUAGUUGGGUGUUGGAUGAUCCUUUGCCGUAUGUAUUGCGAUGUAGCACCCGACCUGGCCGAUCAAGCCGAAGACUAUGCGAGAACAACCUACAGGAUAUGUGUUGGGGAGGAUGAGACGUUUGGGGAUACGUACAGUCGGUUCUCCAACCAGGUCAACGGGCUUAUUGUGGCGUGA